AUGGACAAUGAUUUUGAGAAGAAGAUUGCUGAAUUAAAAAACAAAAUUAAAAGUUUUCCUGAUUUUCCCAAACCAGGCAUUUUAUUCUGGGACAUAUUCUCAGCAGUUUCAGAUGGUUCAACAUGCAAAUUAUUGCAAUAUCUGCUUAUACAAACAAUAAAGGUAAACUUUCCAGGAGUGGAAGCUAUAGUAGGGCUAGAAGCGAGAGGUUUUCUGUUCUCAUUCUCACUUGCUGCUGAGCUUGGUGUAGGAUGUCUACCAGUCAGAAAAAAAGGGAAGUUGCCCGGUGAAGUUGAGGCUUAUAAAUAUGAUUUGGAAUAUGGUUCGGAUAUAUUGGAAAUUCAAAAGAACACAAUACAACCAGGACUGAAAUGUCUUAUUGUUGACGACCUAAUAGCCACGGGUGGGACCAUAGGUGCUGCUACUAAGCUGCUGCGUAGCUGCGGUGCCAAUGUAAUAGGUUGCGUUGCAGUUAUGGAGUUACUCUCAUUGAACGGUCGUAAAAAUAUCCCAGAGGGUAUACCUGUGUGCUCAUUAGUGAAAUAUGAC